UGCCCGUCCACGGCCUGGCUGUAGCCGCGGUACCGCAGCAGAGACGCAGUCGCCGGGAGCGCCGAGUCAGCAGCGGCGGCGGCGGCGGCGGAGCCACCCGAGGCCAGGACGCUACCAGCUCCCCGGAUGGGACAGAGCCUUCCUCUGAUUGGACGACAGGAGCAGGAGCAGUUCAAGUGUCAGGAGCGUCGGUCCAGACGACAUGUGUGACCGGCCAAAGAUCCACGUCUUCCUGGGGGCUCCUCCUCCCUCCUCCACCCCAGCCUCGGUGUCUGAGGCUGGGGCGGAGAGUGACCAGCAUCCACCUGCCGACUGGAGACACCUGGAGCUCACCUGGCGGGAAGGACGUCUGAGGCCUGCUACAGACGAGGCUGGAAAUCGUCUGGUGGAGGAAAGAGUCGGCCAUGAGGACGUAGAAGCUGAUCAAGAAGAUCUCCGCUCUGAUGAUCACAGACCUGCAGAGAUUGGAGAUGAAGAGACGAAUCCCGAACAGGAAGUUCAGUGUUCGUCUUCAGUCCACGAGUAUUUGGACAGCUGUUUCCCUGCAGCUCAGUCAGAACCACAGAAACCAGAACCUGAACCUCCACAUCAGUCGUCACCAGCCGACCCUCCUCUGUCCGCCCAGACUCACUACCUCGCCACCUGGACUCUGAGUCAGGCAUUAAUCCUGAGAGGCAGGUGUGGCAUCCACUCAGCAACCAGCCCUGAGAAAUCCCCGCCUCCCCGAACCCCACCCAAACAUGCCAAAAAUCCUCCAUCUGUCUCCUCCAGCACCCCAGAGCUCUUCAGCCCAGUAACCCCAUCACCCGAAGCCUCCGCCGAACUCUUCAGCCAACCCUGCCCGACCCCGAGGGUGCAGGAAGGAGGUGUCGUUAUCGAGGCCACCACAGAUGGAGUGCUCUGCUCCCAGGAGGCUGAGCAGCAGACCACUCAAGACUCCCCGUCUAAAUCUCCCGAUCUCAAGAAAGCUCGAAUCUCAGAAAACCUUGAAGCAUCUGCGGUGUUGACCGACAGCACAGCCACUACUGGCGCCACCACCACCACCGCCGCCGCCGGGCUCCAAGGUCCCACCACACUUCUGAUCCGCUGUGACAAACGAGGUGUUCGGUACUCAGUUCUGGUGGCGGUCGUCCAUCCCUGCCACCUGAAGGAGGUCAAGGUUAGGUCCGGGCCGGUGGCAGGGACCUCCGUUCCUCUGGCAUCCAUCGUGGUGAUGGACCAAUCAGGCGUUGAGAUGAAGGUGGUGCUGUGGCGGCGGGCGGCGUUCUGGGCAUUGACCGUCAGUCCUGGAGACAUUCUGCUCAUCACAGGACUGCAGGUGAAUGAAGACAGGUGGAGAGGGGAGACGGUGCUGCAGUCGACCUUCAGCAGCAAACUGCUCAACCUGGGACAGAUCACUGCCUCCGCCUCACCACCAGCUCCUCAGCAUGUUAACGCUCGCACUCUCAGCUCUCUAUGUGGCUUUCUUCGGGAGCGGCGCCCCCUGCUGUUGUCUUCAAACCUCCGCCCCCCUCAGGACCUGAACCGCCUCCCUUACGCCACCCUGAGGUCACUAAGGGUCAACACUCUGGUCCAUGCCCUGCUGCGCGUCACUCAUACACACAUCAGCACAGCGUGGCGGAGUGAGGCUGAGUCUCGCUGCAGGUCGGCUGUUCAGCUGCAGGCCGUUCUGACUGUGGAGCAGCCGGAUGGUCAGCAGGGGGCACUACUGCUGUGGGGAGCAGCUGUGAAGUGGCUGCCUCGCUUCAACAGAGACAAAGCGACUGUCUGGGACUUCCACAUCCUCCUGGUGAGGGAGAGUUUGAACUCUGACCUCCCUGAGCUGCACUCCACUCCCUGGAGCUCUGUCAGGCCUCUGGACCCCACCACGCGGCGGGUGCAGGACUUUCUCCAACCACAAACCGUUCGAGUAGGAAGGAGCAGUCUGGAGCUGGACCUCGACACCCUGCUGUCUCAGAAAUACAGCGGUGACGUGGAGCUAAGAGUAAAGAUCACCGCCUUCCACUUUAAGGAUUCUCCACCUUCCCAAAAUGCACCUCAGCCAGUCCUGGACGGCGCCACACCGCUGGAUGAUAUCCUGGCAGCACUGAACGGUGACAUCACCUACACUGGCUGCGGUCGCUGCUCUGCUGAGCUCGAUACAGACGCCAACGGCAUCUACAGCCCCUGUUACCCCUGCCUGCCCCACACCGCCGUACGCCGCUACUACAGGCCAGGUGUGCUGAGAGUGAGUGGGCAGGCCAACAGGCAGGUGUGUGUUCAGGUUCCUCCUGUUCCACUGCAGAAGAUCCUCGAAGCUCCGCCUGAUAAACUCCACAAGAGCUCAGCUCCGGGCUCAGAGGUGAAGCACAUCCAGGUGGCAGCAGAGAGGAUCCAGACCCUCCUCUCCCUCCCAAGAAAAACCUUCAUCAUCACUGUCCAGAGCAACUUCCUGUGUGACGAAAACAGCGUCCCCAUCAGUCAAGACUUCACAUUGCUGGACCUUCAGUUCCCCAGCUGAUGGACUGCGUAUGACAAACACCCAGACCAGAUCCCAGCUGCCUCAGUGUGGACUGGUUAGAUCUGAUACAGGAUGUUGGGAAUGAGCUCAUCAGUGGGAUCGGGAUCAGGACCUGGUCCAGGUUUUUUAUGUAUCAGGUUCAUAAAGCCAGGAAGGCAGGAAAUCCAAAGUGUGGGAUCAUUUUGAGAAGGUGAAGGACGAACCCAAGGUGAUAUGUAAACUCAUCUUCAUUGGUCGACUACAAACAUGACGUAUCAUCUGAAACAUGGAAGUAGCUACAUGCCCAUUAGCCCACAGCUUUACAUUGCUUUCAGGUGGACUAUACCACAUGACGGCUACAUCCACAGUUUGAUUUCCAGCUGUAGACCUGUGUUGCAUUUCCCCUCUCUCUACCCUCCUCUUCUGUCUGUGUCUGUAUGAAUUGUCAAAUAAAGUCAAAGUGCCAAAAAAAAAAAAAAUCAAAGUUUAUGUUCAGCUAAUCUAAAAUCAAGGCUACAGAUGAUCAAAUCUGCCAACAAGAGUUGUUAUUUCACAAAACUCACCAGCUAGAGUUGAGACACUGAGGAUUUAAAUGGUAAAUCUGCCACUGUUUUCAAUGUAAACUGCAUUAUGUCCCAAUAUGAGAGAGGUAAGGUUGGCUGGCUUAGAAGAUGGUCAGCUGUCAAUAAACCAAAUCUGAACUGAGAGUUGUCUGUGUUUACACACUGACUUGCCUCCUAUUGAAGCUCAUUUUGCAGCUCAGGUAUCAAUAAUCUUGUCAACCAUCAAGUAUUUGUAGAAAUAAUUUGCACCAUCUCCUACAGGCUGAUUGGAGAUCAUUGGAUUUCAGAAUAUCAUAAAAACAUUUUGACAAUUCUAAACAUGCGUCCGUGUGUCAUAUUAAUAAAAGAGGUAAUCAUCUGUAAA